AUGAAACCUUGGAACAAAAACAGAGCUAAUUCUUUAUUGUUAAAAGAUUCAGUUGGAGCUGCAAAAUAAUCAAUCUAUACAAUUCCAAAUGAUAUUUAUUUUGGAAAAGCAAUUGUUCAUGAUAAUGAAGGUGCAUAACAAGGUAAAAUUUAUUUUUUUGAUUUAUAGUAACUUCAACUUGGUAUUAUCAUAAUAAUAGUGAAGAGAAUCCUCAGGAUAGAGAUUUUAUGAAAUUGAAUAAAAUGUGCAUUACAAGUAAAUUGCAUGAUUAGAAACAAUUUUAUGUUUUCCGAAAAAGUAACGAUGCAAGAGUUUUUAGAAGAAGAGGUUGCAGUUAAAUUGAAAUGAAUUUACCUGAUGAAAAUUUUCGAUAUGGCAAACCAUAUUUACCUUAAUCACCAAUGAAAAAUAUUUUGGGUGGCAGUUAUAUGAAUGAAGCAUAAUAAUUAAUGGAUAAGAAAUAUGAAGCAAUUACAAAAUAGAAACAAUAAUAAAAUAAAAGACCAUCAACAGCUACAAAACAUACUAAGGCUAGUAAAUUGGCUUAUCAAAGUUUAGUCAAAUCUUUAAAUAAAACAUAGAAUCCAUAAUUUAAGCUAAAAGAAUUCGAAAAAGUAGAACCUAAAACUAAAACAAGAUUUUGA